UUAACAAACCUCUCAUUCAUCUUCUUCAUUCCAUUUACACCUUCGUGAGGUGGCCUACUAUACUAUAUUCACCUCCAUUUACAACACUUUUUUCAACUUGUCUUUCUCUAAGUUUUUUAUCAUAUAAAAAGACAAAUAUUAUAGUUGAGUAAUCAACACCAAACUCAUUACAUUCUCCAUAUUAAGCUUCCAUCUUUUACUCUUCCCCCAUGUACUCAAUUCUGUCUCCACAAUAAUGGCAUUUGCACUCAUCUUAAAGGCAAAUUUAUUGAUCACUGCCUUAAUUUUCAUUGCUAUAUUUUUCUGUUACUCAGUGGCUGCAGAGGGUGAGCUGGAUGGAGGGCAAGACAUAGUAAAGGCUUUAUCAUGCUUUGAAAAUAAGCUCAUUUAUGCUGGGUGUGAUGAUGCAUAUAGAUUAAACCCAUCUGGGAAUAUUAGGGUGCCACCAGAGGCCACUGAUUUUUUCUGUAGUGGACCAUGUCUCAUUGAAACACAGCUAGUGCUUGAAUGCAUUGACAACAUGCUCUCCAAUUUCAUAUUCUACAACAAAGCAACCGUACAACAAAUGAGAUAUGCACUAAAUUCUGGCUGCAGCUACUCUAGACAAAGAGGGAACUUCAAUUUGGAAGGUUACAUUGGAGGAGAGACAAACAAUGCUCGGGAGGUACCUAUUUUGAUUAGAUGCUAUCUCUUCAUUGCGGCAGCCACAGCAGUUUAUUUAAUGUGACUGCGUGGCAUAAUGUACUAGCAGUAAGAAACAGAUACUCUUUUAUCUUUGUGAGUUUUUAACCGUAGAGCGACAUGUUCCUAACUAGUUUGGAAGAUGAAUGCUGUUGUCUUUUAGUGUACUCUGUAAGUCUGUUUGGUACCAUAUAAUCUGAUCCAAAAUUCCAAUUUGAAUGAAGAAAUAUUUCAACUAA